AAGGCGUUUGGCCAGAAUCACAGAGCUUCAGUGAUGAAGGAAUGGGUCCAGUGCCAGCGAAAUGGAGAGGAGUCUGUCAUACAAACAAAAGAGAUGGAAUUAAAUGCAACAGGAAGUUGAUCGGAGUAAGGCAUUACAACAGAAAUUAUCUUCAAAUGGCUCGAAGAUUCGCUCGCAGACACAAUUCAACUUACGUUCCCACGACAAAAGUUAUAACUGGUCGCGACUACAACGGCCAUGGCACACACACCCUAUCAACCGCCGGUGGAAACUUUGUUCCCAACGUCAGCGUUUUUGGCCAAGGCACCGGCGUCGCCAAAGGUGGAGCGCCCAAAGCUCGUUUGGCGUCGUAUAAGGUAUGUUGGGACCCGAUUGAUGACAUAGGCGAGUGCUUCGAUGCAGAUUUGAUGGCGGGCAUCGAAGCUGCAAUCAGUGAUGGUGUUGAUAUUCUUUCUGUGUCACUUGGUGGAGCACCCAAUGAAUACAUUCAAGAAUCGCUUUCAAUCGGGUGUUUUCAUGCUGUUAAGAACGGGAUUAUGGUGGUGGCGGCUGCUGGAAACUCUGGACCCGCUCCUUCAACCGUUUCAAAUGUGGCACCAUGGAUGUUAACUGUUGGUGCUAGCAAUACAAACCGGGAGUUUGUCAAUUAUAUUACACUUGGAAACAACAAAGUCAUCAGGGGAUUUAGCCUUUCAGAAGAAGGCUUGGAACCUAAUAAGUUCUAUCCAAUGAUUACGGGAGCAGAUGCUAGACUUCCUAAUGCAACCGCUGAAGAAGCCUCUGCAUGCUUCCCUGACCUCCUGAAUCGAUCCAAAGUUGAAGGAAAAAUCUUGGUUUGCCUUCGGGAUGAUGCUACAUCUUUUCAAUACAGCGAGUUUGCUGCUAUGUCAGGAGCUGCUGGAGUUAUUUUGGCUAACAGUGACAACUUGGGAUAUGAAGCUGUUAGCAAACCUUACCUUAUCGCAGCUUCCCUAGUCAUCUCCAGAGAUGCUGAUUCUAUAUUUGCCUAUAUAAAAUCUACUAGGUCUCCAGUUGCAAAAUUAAGUGAAGUAAAGACAGAAUUUAAUCAGAACUCAGCUCCAUCAAUGGCUCCAUUUUCAUCAAGGGGACCUAAUAAAAUUGAAGCAGCUAUCCUCAAGCCUGAUGUCAUUGCACCUGGAGUGGAUAUAAUUGCUGCUUACAGUGGUGGAAAGGCAGCAACUAAUUUUGAAGAUGAUAACCGCAUUGUUCCUUAUCUUUCUCAAUCUGGUACUUCAAUGGCAUGCCCUCAUGUUUCUGGCAUUGCUGCGCUUGUCAAAACUGUUCACCCCGAUUGGAGCCCUGCUGCUAUUCGAUCUGCAAUAAUGACUACUGCUACUGCAAGUACUAGAAAUUCACAGCCAAUUUUAGACUACGACACAACUGUGGCAACCCCAAUCUCAUAUGGUGCUGGACUUGUGAAUCCAAAUAGAGCAUUGGAUCCUGGCCUUGUUUACAACCUCAAUCCUGAAAAUUACCUCAACUAUUUGUGUGCCCAUGGCUACAAUGACAGUCUCCUUAGAUCUUUCACAAUCUCAGACAAGCCAUACAAAUGCCCUGAAUUCUUCAGAAUGGAAGAUUUCAAUUACCCUUCAAUUUUAAUUCCCAAAAUCAAUGGCCCAAUUUUGUACAGCAGACAUCUCAAGAAUGUUGGUUCACCUGGAAUUUACAAUGUCAGCUUCAAUGCACCUCCUGGAAUUUCCAUCUCUGUUGAGCCAACUUCUCUCAAGUUCGAUAAAUAUGGCGAUGAGAAAAAAUUUGCGGUCACAUUUGAUCUUGUGCCGAAUUUUACUCAUUCUCCUGGUCACGACCAUGUUUUUGGGGACCUCACUUGGUCUGAUGGCUUUCAUUCUGUAAGGAGUACUAUUGGAGUGAAGGUAUAACUUUUGAAUAACGGACACUAACAAUGAGUAUUAAUGAUGAUAUAUCGUUAUAAAAUUGAGUGAUUUUAAAUUAAAAAUAAAAUAAUAUCUAAUUAUAAAAUGAUAUAUCAAUAUUUAUACACAAAGUAAUACUCAUUGUUUAUGUAUAUAAUCUUACUCAAAAUUUUUUUAUGUAGUGACACCCACCAUGCCAUGGCUAUCAAAAGUCAUGCAAUUUUUUGUCUUUUUUUGUAAUUUUUUUCUUAAAUAGAUUCAUCUUUUUGACC